UACAGUAGUCAGAAUGCGACAGCUUGAGAAAGAUUUCAAAAACACUGAAAAAGGAGUAAUACUAGUCUGUUCUUUCAACAGGGUAGCCCAGUAAGCCAUGGACGUGAGGCCAUAAUUUGAAAACAGAUAUCGUUCGUGUUGCAUACUUUUCUAGACCUUAGCUAGCUAGGUAAAGUAUCAAACCGUCGCUUGCCAAACCACCUCUUCCAGAGGUAUGAAAUCACAAAUGUUAUAUCACAACACACAGUGAAAUACCUAACUUGCAUAGAAACAAAAAAAAAAAAAACAACACUGACGUGGAUCAUAGUCAUGGCUUUGAGCAUGGACAUCAGCGUUUCUUUUCUCAAAUGUGAACUCGCCUCCACCAUCGACCAGGCGGUAAGAUGCGCCGUUGAAACGGUUUUAAAAGAAACGGCAAGAGUUGUUGGCAUGAAACUGGCCGCGGCUCGUAAUGCUGCCGCAGAGUCCCACCGAGAGAACCAGAGCCUGCGGGAGAGACUGGAGAUCUCCGAAAGUGAGCUAAAAGCGGUACGCUACUACAUGACAGCGGCGGAAAAAAACAUUAAACAGUGCUUACUCCUGAACAGAAACCAGCCUCGGUCAACUGUCGUGCGGCCAAACACAGACGACGCACUCUUUCAGUUUCUCUCACACUCUGCGGACGAAAGCCCCACAUCACUACCGCAGAGCAGAGAUUCCACCCGCAAGACCUCACCAGGAAGAAUCCACAAUGCUAAAAAUGUCCCCAGUGUUGGACUCUGUCUUCCCACGGUGCAGUCAGACUGGCCUCGUGUUUGUGUCAACCGCAAAAAGACACGUUUGUCUUCAACAGGCAACAGUUCAGCUCUCACGAGUGACCCCACGACCUCUCAAGCCCUUGGGGAAAACAACCCUGCUCUAUUAAGGCCAGAGGAUGUGACAGAGUGUCCGUUUUACAUCGCCAAUGAGGGUGUCUCGGAAAAAGACAACAGUUCUGCAUUGGCAGACUCUGAGAGGGGUCAUGACGAGCCAGAAGCUUCAAGCUCAUCCAUAAACCCACCAGAGGUCCCUUCUGACAUCACAAAAUUCGAGUUUGAGAUGAGCACACCUGCAGGGAAUGUCAACGAGCUGGAGCUGAUCCAGGUGAUGGAGGACUCUGAGGAUGUCAAACAAGGCACUGUUAAAAUAGAAGAUGACCCUGAGUCAUUUACACUAGAGCCACCUUCAUCUGAUCCAGCUGUAGCUUCUUCAUCCACCUCCAUGCAAGUGUUCCCACAAAUCACCUCACCUCAAAUACUGGAGAGCGAAGGGGAUGCUUUGGUGGCUUUAGUGCCACCUGUGGGGAUUGACACAGGGCUAAGUGGUCCUGUCGAGAGCCCUGAUAAAGUGCACCUCUGCAACAUUUGUGGCCGGGGAUUCCGACGUUUCUACUGCUUGAAAACACACCAGCGCAUACAUACCGGAGAGCGCCCUUAUCCUUGUAGAUACUGCGAGAAACGCUUCCGCCAUUUAGACAGCUUACACAAGCACCAGCGCAUUCACACAGGGGAGAGACCCUACCGCUGUGCACAGUGCGGAUGCUGCUUCAGAGAACUGGGUCAACUCAAAAAGCACAGACUCAAACACUCGCCCACAUUUGUUCCAGUGGCUCAUCCCGCCUUCCCUCUCCUCCCAGCCGGGCCCCCCUAUGUCUGGCCACAUCUCAACUCCCAGUCUUUGGAUUCAGUCUAAAACACAGAGGCCUGGUGAACAUUUAAUUAGUAUAUAGAUGUUUUUAUUUGUGGAAAAACAUUCAUCUGAUGUAAAGUUCAUUUAUUCAGUAACAGUUUGGUUCAAAAGCAUUUGGACAAUUGCUGUGCUUGAAGAAGGCAGGAGCACCCCCACUAAAUUCAGAAGCACUAUUGAUUUUGAUCUGGAAGCGGUUCCAGAUCAAAAUCAAGAGUACUUCUGAAAUUAGUGGGGGUGCUCCAGUAGUUGAAGAUGUAAUAAUGCAUCAACAUAGUCAAAUUGAGGGUGUUUUAACAUCCGUUUGAGGGUGCUUGGCGUAGAAUCCGACCUGGCUUAAAGCAUAAGUAUUUGCCUGAUUGCGUAACAGUUUGUCCUUAACUCACCCUUACAGCAUUCCAUAUAUAUUAGAUUGUACAAAUUACCUCACUAGAAAUGUGCUAUAUCAUAACCUCAGUUGUGUUUUCCAUGGAUAUGAACUUCAUCUAAGUCUUACUCUGUUAAACAUUUCAGUGGGCUCCAAAUAUGAAUAA